UACGAAGCCUCCACAUCAAAGUUCCAUUACAAAGGAAAAGCACUGUGACUUUCCUUUCGACGAGAUGACUUUCGACGUAACGAAGUAUAAAACCUUUUACGAGUGCGACGAACACUGGGAGCUGAAGCGUGCGUUCAUGGAAGCGCACAAGGACCGGUUUUCUGAGGAGGAAGUCGUCUGCUUGGCACAAGUGUACACAAACAUUGAACUAUUGGGCUGUCGGUAUCCGCCCGAAACAAUGCAGCUGGUGGCGGAAUUGUCCAAAAAUCUGGUGGAAAAGUACCGCGAUUCGAGGACUGGCAAGCUGAAACGUACCUUUGUUGCUGCAUCGGAUGCUGCCGCGGCACGAUAUGCACCAAAAAAAUGAACACCGAUUAAAUGUGGCCGGGAGCUAGAAGCGUUCAUUAGUUCUGAUCCAUCAAUCAUUCUGAUAAUGAAACAACAUCAAAAGCGAUAGCGAAGAUGGGAAGAGUAAGACAUUUUGCGAUCAGUCGUUGGACACAUCUAGGAGAUACCUGGGAAUCCGGAACGAGCCCCAAAAUGAGGCGAUACAAUCAGAUUAACAGGCUCCGUUGAGGUGUUACGGGAGUACAUUCUACUACUUUACUCAGUUUAUGGUUUUUACCAUUACUUUGCACAGUUCAUGUUUUAUAGCGAUGAAAAAUAAUGACGUAAACCAAUUUGACUUUUAUAUAUAUAUAGAUAUAUUUAUAUGUAUUUUAUGUGUAGUAAAAAGCAAGGAACAGAGGAGAAAUUUAAAAUCGGUUGUAAAAAUAAAUCUGAAGCCGUGCGAAACACAACCUAUGUGUUACGCGCGCUUUCAUUCAGACGGGCAUACUGUAU